GCCCCGCAGGGACUUCCGGCCAGGCGGUAACUUCCGUCCGUGGAUCAAACGGGGUGAGUGGUCCAAGCCUCCAGGGGCGUUCCCGGAAGUGACGCGAACCGCACCUUCCAUUUUGUGGAACGCCAGAACAACUAAGUGCGUCAGUCGUCGAGAGACGUAGACGAGUUGAGUGCUGGUUUGCGGGGAGGCCGACAACUCCGUCGCAGAUUACGGGCCUCUCUGGGUCUCAGCUGCCAAAGACCCUGUCCGGUAGGUGAGUGGCUCGCUUUGAGGGCAAGGCUUCUCGGAUCGAGGCUUCUUCAUGGCCGCUCAGGUCGCGAGUGGCGGGGGCUGCUCUCUUUGCGGAGGACGGAGUCUAAUGAGCGCAGCUGAUUGAGGCGUUUCUCUGCGCUAUUCACGGCGUUAUCUCGACUGAAUUUCAUCCUAACAGGAAAUACUAGCCGGGCAUCAUGAGUGGCUGUCGAGUGUUCAUCGGGAGGUUAAAUCCAGCGGCGAGGGAGAAAGACGUGGAAAGAUUUUUCAAGGGGUACGGACGGAUCAGAGAUAUCGAUCUGAAAAGAGGCUUUGGUUUUGUGGAAUUUGAGGAUCCUAGGGAUGCGGAUGAUGCUGUAUAUGAACUUGAUGGAAAAGAACUUUGCAGUGAAAGGGUUACUAUUGAACAUGCUAGGGCUCGGUCUCGAGGUGGACGAGGUAGAGGACGCUACUCUGACCGUUUUAGUAGUCGCAGACCACGAAAUGACAGACGAAAUGCUCCACCUGUAAGAACAGAAAAUCGACUUAUAGUUGAGAAUUUAUCCUCAAGAGUCAGCUGGCAGGAUCUCAAAGAUUUCAUGAGACAAGCUGGGGAAGUAACCUUUGCGGAUGCACAUCGACCUAAAUUAAAUGAAGGGGUGGUUGAGUUUGCCUCUUACGGUGAUUUAAAAAAUGCUAUUGAAAAACUUUCUGGAAAGGAAAUAAAUGGGAGGAAAAUAAAAUUAAUUGAAGGCAGCAAAAGGCACAGUAGGUCAAGAAGCAGGUCUCGAUCUCGGACCAGGAGUUCCUCUAGGUCUCGUAGCCGGUCUCGUUCUCGUAGUCGCAAGUCUUACAGCCGAUCAAGAAGCAGGAGCCGGAGCCGGAGCAAGUCUCGUUCUGUUAGUAGGUCUCCUGUGCCUGAGAAGAGCCAGAAACGUGGUUCUUCAAGUAGAUCAAAGUCUUCAGCAUCUGCGGAUCGCCAGAGGUCCUGGUCUUGGUCCAGGUCCAGAUCAGUUGACAGUGGCAAUUAAACUGUACAUAACUUGCCCUGGGGACCUUUUUAAAAACAAAUUCCCAAACCAUACUUGCUAAAAAUUCUGGUAAGUAUGUGUUUUUCUGUGGGAGUGGGAUUUGGAGGGGGUUUGGGUUGGGCUGGAUUUGUUUGUAGAUGUGGACCACCAAGGGGGGUUGUUGAAAACUAAUUGUAUUAAAUGUCUUUUGAUAAGCCUUAUGCUCACAUUUUUGUGAAUGUCGAAGUAUAUAGUUUGUGUAUAUUGACAGAGCUGUUUUAUAACUAAAGCAAAUUUAAUUUUUUUGUACUAGAAAAAAAUUGAGCAUUUUAGUUCCUGGUUGUUCAAAUAUGUUAAUUCAGAUUUAGUUUCAUGCCUCAAACUAAUUAAUAGCUUUGGACACUUAAAAGAGCUCUAAAUUUCCUUGUAUAUAAAUGCUUGAGUUUUCCUUGUUAGGGUCAAGGGUUUCCUCACCCACCCUUAAACAGCUGCAUUACAGACACUUUAAAGCAGCUGUUUGUUAUUGAUAAUAAAAUAUUAUAAAACUGUUUGAAGGAGUCCUACACUAUUUACUUCACCUUGCUUUCUUCAUUUUACUAUGUUUAAAAUGACACAUGUAAAGUCCUGAAUUUGUUUGGUUUGGCCUUCUAAAUAUUUUUGGUAUUUCUAGGCUAGGGAAAAAGGGCCUAGAAGUCAGUGAGUAGUUGAAAACAGUGUCAUCCUUAAUAGUUGAGCUAAAUCUUCUGUCUGUGUUCCUCCUGUGCUUUUAUCACCUAUUGUAUUGAGGACAGGAUAUUUAUAGUAAUAGGACAAUGUUUGAGAAGCAAACCAUAAAAUCUAAUGUUCUUGCCUGCCUUAACAGUUAACAGUAGUGUUCAAAAAUGAUACAAAGACAUGUAUACAAACAUGAAAGUUGAAGGGAUUUUCACAUACUUCUGCUUUUCUGAGAUGUAAAUAGAGACUAUAAAUGGGGGAAAUUUAACAGUUAAUGUGCUUGCUAGAAUGCUGUGCUUUGACCCUUCACACUGCUCUGUAAG